UCACGACGGCAUUUGGUUCAGAGUGAUCAGUCAUCACCCGAGACGGCUCAUGGAGAGUCCGAAGUCAGCGCAGAACUGCUCAUCGAUUGGGCAGAGAGACAGACGUGUAUAGGCUCAGGCGCGGCGGUGGGCGCCCAAAAUGGAAAGAGAGGACUGACUAACUAACACGCGUCGAGAGACAAAAAAGAAAUGAAGGCGCGUUCAUAGCGGCGACUGGCGACCAACACUUUCUUCUCACUUCAUCGACGUCUGCUGGGCUCUCUCCGGCAUGUUUCUUCCCCAGAGGCCAAAGGCGGGUGCGACGGGAAAGGGGGGCGUGGACGCAAAGGAGCAGGAGAAGCUGGCGAGGCUGAGGCCAUGGGUGGAGAAAUACCGACCGAAAACGAUCGAGGAUGUGGCAGCGCAGGAGCAUACGGUCAGCGUGCUGCGAAAGACGCUCAUGUCUAGCAACCUUCCGCACAUGCUCUUCUAUGGCCCACCGGGGACGGGAAAGACUUCGACAAUUCUCGCGUUGGCACGGCAACUGUUCGGUCCUGAGCUGAUGAAGUCGCGCGUUCUGGAGCUCAAUGCCUCAGACGAGCGCGGCAUCUCAGUCGUGCGCGAAAAGAUCAAGAACUUCGCAAAGGCAGCUGUCAGCAAUGCCAACAUCGAUUACCCGUGCCCACCGUACAAGAUCAUCAUUCUCGACGAGGCAGACAGCAUGACGCAGGAUGCCCAGAGCGCGCUUCGACGCAUCAUGGAGCAGUACAGCCGCAUCACUCGCUUCUGCCUCGUGUGCAACUAUGUGACGAGAAUCAUCGAGCCGCUCGCCUCGAGAUGCAGCAAGUUCCGCUUUCGCACCCUCGACAACGUCUCGACCAAAGACCGGCUCGACUUUAUCGCCAAGGAAGAAGGCGUCGAGUUCGAGGAUGGAGUCCUUGACACAUUGAUCAAGACGUCGGACGGCGAUUUGCGAAGGGCAAUCACCUAUCUCCAGUCGGCCUCUCGUCUGCACAGUGCUGCCGAGAAGCGCACGCCCGUGACACCGAGGUCGAUUGUGGAAAUCGCUGGCGUCGUGCCCGACGAGGUUAUUCGAGCACUGGGAAGCGCCAUUGGGGUGCCGAGUACGGGAGACGAAGACGAGAGCAUGGCACCGGGUACCACCAAGAAGCUCGACGGCUUCGAGAGAGUUCGCGCCGUCGUAAAAAGCGUGGCCAGAGAGGGCUACAGCACAUCGCAGCUCCUGAUCCAGCUCCACGACUACAUCAUGGAACAUCCGUCUUUGACGGCUGCGCGCAAGGCACUGUGUGCACUUAACCUGGGCCAGGCCGACAAGGCUCUUUCAGAUGGCGGGGAUGAAGAGCUGCAGCUCCUGAGCCUGUGCCUCAAGAUGAAAAAGUCACUCGAUUAGCAGGAUGUGCGCGCAUACAUAACCAAAGAGUCCUACAACUAUUAUUGUACAUUGUCACUG